CCUGUCUGUCCAGUGGUGGGAGGCUGUCGGUUCGAUCAUGUCAGAGGAUGGCACCACAACCAGGACAAAUACAACAUCAUGUUCCUCACCUACGAAGAAAUUAUCAAGGACGUUAGGUCGGUGGUAGUGUGUCUGGCGGAGUUCCUGGGGAAGAAUCUGUCUGGCGCAGCGACUGACAGCAUAGUGGAACUGGUCACCUUCAAUAACAUGGAGAAAGAUGACAAAGCCAACUACGAGUUCCUGCCUGAAGACAUUGUGGACCAAAUGACACUUAUCUCUAACUCCCUCUCUGUUCCUCUCCAUUGUUGUCUCUAUCUCUGCUUCUCCAUCUGUUGCUCUCUCCUCCCUCCAUCUCUAUCUCUAUCUCUAUCUCUCUCUCUCUCAGGUAAAAUAGGAGACUGGAAGAACUCAUUGACAGUGGCCCAGAGUGAACAUUUUGACCGGUUCUACCAGGAAAGAAUGAAGGACUUACCUCUCAACUUCAUCUCGGACAUCACUGAGCUGCAGGGCUUAUACAGACAGUCGCUGCAGCUGAAGUCGAUCAGCUUCACCUGGAAAGUCUCCGUUUGCAACAGCAGGUUCUCCCCUUAUACGUCCCGGUGCAGGACGCUGCAGUGUCGGCAAACCAGUACCGCCUGUCACAUGAUGCCCCUAGCCGUGUCUUCGCUGAAGGCCCCGUCCGCCACGGUGCACAUGUAA